AUGAAGAUUUCUGUUUUCUUUCAAAUAUCGGCGGCAUAUGCGUCCCGAAGAAGCUCUCAUUGUCCAGCCAAGCAUCAAUGCAACCAAGAUUUUUGUGGAAAAAAUGCGCUCUCUUGGGCGGGUAACUUGAGAGGGGAAGAUGUUCAGUGCAAACCGGGAGUUGCCCAUUUAUGGGACGAGUGCGACUGCUGCCAGAAAUGUGCAAAACAACAAGGAGAAAAAUGCGAUAUGAUGAAUCCAUGUGAUCAUACUAAGGGCCUGGCUUGUUUGAAACAAGGAAACGAGUUCAAAUGCGCGUCAGAUCCAAAGCUCAAAAAAUGUUUCAUUUCUGGAAUCAUCAAAAGCUCAGGCGAUGAAUUUUUCCCAAAUCCAAAGUCCUGCCAGCUGACCUGCGUCUGCGUCGAUGGUGACAUCGGCUGCUACCCGACUUGCGCGCAAAAACCUCCAGCAAAUUGUUUGAACCCUCGAUACGAAGAAUCAAACGAUCCAACUGCCUGCUGUGGAGAAUGGACUUGCGGAUCUGCUGAUCGACCUCAGCUUCGACCUCUCAAAAUUCAAAAGAGCGUUUUUGGCGCGGCGCACAGAAAAGUGCCAAAGAUCUCUUACAACAGCGAGACAAAAUGCAUGGUCCAAACGACUGAGUGGUCCGAGUGCUCGAGAGAAUGCGGCUGGGGUGUUCGGGAGCGAGUUACCAACAAUAAUGAGGAAUGUGAUAUGAAAAAGGAAACUAAACUGUGCCAAGUGCGCCCUUGUGAUGCGUCGCACAGUCUUGAAAUCGAGAACCUCUUCAAAACCAAGCCCAGACUUCGCAACAAAAUGUGUCUCGAAAAAGUCCGCGUGACGGAGCCCAUUCAAUUCGAGUUCUCUGGCUGCCGAUCUGAUCAAAAAUACAGACCACGAUAUUGCGGAAGCUGCAAAAAUGACUAUUGCUGCAAGCCCAGCAAGACUGAAACGAUCGAUGUUGAUUUCACUUGCGACGAAAACGGCAAGAAGAAUAAAUUCACCAAGAAAAUGGACAAAAUCAUCACUUGCGAAUGCACGAAUCAGUGUGGCGACGGACUAGCCUCUCUUUUCAGCUCAUUCCGGCCAAUGGUCAAUGAUGUCUACAACAAUUAG